ACUGCCGAAAAUGCUGAUAGGAAGGUAGGUUUAAGGAAUUGGGGAGGUGGGGGGCUCCCUAUGGAACACCCUUUCCUUUGCAUCAUCACACCCACGUUGACACUAAUUGCAGAGCACGCUCACCUAGAAGGGAAUUGAGUUUGCAGGUAGACUGUUGUUUGUUUUGUAGGUAACUGUACUACAUCAGAUGUUUAAAAAUCUUGAAGGAUGUGCUAGCAAGAUAGCCCUUAAGAGGCUAUCGGAGGGCUUAUUAGACCUGGAACAUGCUUCCCCACUUCAGAGAGAGCACUUUGACCCCAGGGCUCAGUGUGGUUAGGCACAGGCCCUGGGAACAAGGAAGUUCAAGUUCAUGCUCCCACCGGGGGCUUGUUGUGGGGAUGGUGGAGUGCCGUGAUGCAGCCUCUCCGAAGCUGGUGAACCUUCUGGUCGCUGCCCAGAGCAGAGACACCAAGGGAGACAGCCUGCAUGUUUGAUGGGACACACGUCCCCAAGGAAGACCUGGACAGUGUCCAUCUCUUCUGUGCAACAUGGUAACAGCCCAAUAGAAUAUGCCUCAAAAUGCCGUUGGUUUAAUCGGAUGCUUUCAGCGUGCCUUCCUCUCCAAGACACCCCGUGCUUCACCCACAGCAGUGACAACCUUUACCAUCACGUCCCCAUACCGUACAAAACAGGUCAAGGUCUUUAUUGGUCACCGUCGCCCGGACAAGCAGCAGUGCUAGAGGUCUCAGCUGAGGACUCGGCCUUGUACUUCUUCGAGCACACAGGUUCAGACACCAACACCUCAUCUUCGCAACACCAAGUCCACCGCCCGCCUAUGCCGGCUGCGCUCACAUACUCAGCUGCUUCUCCAGUUACUGCCAUUCCUAUGUCCCGCCCUCCGCCCAGCGCUGCCCUGGUCCUGGAUGGCUCCCGGCUGCCACAGGCCAUGCUUAACGCCUCGUCCUCACUGGACGCCCUCCUAAUAAGAACACGUCUCUUCAGCCUCAAGUGACGCCGCGCUCUGCUGCUUUCCCGCUCUGCACCCUCGCUGGUCCUUCUCAGUCCCGUUUGCUAGACCCUCCUCCUGGAGCCCAUCUGCAUGCCUGGCUUAGUCCCCUGAACACUUCCUCUGCCAUAUUCUCCGGCCAGGUUCUCACCUCCAUCCCAUAAGCCCGCACCUCCCUAGCUCUCCUUCGUCCUGACCUUUGCCCUCAGCUGCAGACAUAUAAGCAUCUCAAACUGAACACGCUCAGGGCAAAAACUGCUGCCUCCCAACGACUCACCCUCCGGCCACCCUCUCUGCAAACAGCGCCCCCGUCCACCUAGCUGCCGAAGCCAAACAUCUAGGAGCCCAGCCUGGACUUUCCUCACAUCCCGAAACUCGUCCACCCGGCAAGUCAUCCUUGCCACCUGUCACCCCCCAAACACGCCCCCCGUCUACCCCCUUCCUGCUGCCCCUCCUGCCCGCAUCCCCCAUCCUCUCCAUGAUUCCCCUCGCGGCAGCCAGACCUCUGUAGCGAACAGCAGCCCGGUUCUAAAAACCAUCCAGACUCUUCACGGCCGGCGAGUCCUGCGGUGACCAGCCCCUCCCUCCUCGGCCGCACCAGGCCCGCCGGUCCGCUCCUCGGCCCACGCUCCGGCCACGCCGCAGCCUGCAGCGGCCAGCCCCGGCCUCGCCCCUCGUCCUGGUGCCUCCUCCACCUGGACUCAGAGCCCCUAAGGCCGCCCCUCCCUCCCCCGGCCACACCCUCCUACCCGCGCGCCCUUGCUGCUGCUUCGCGGUUCUCCGUAACAAGACAUUUUUACCAUUUUUCUUUUUGCAGACAUCCCUGUUUCCCACCAGAAAUGUCCGCGUAAGGACAGGAGUUUUGUGUCUGUCCUUCCUCUGCUCCAAGUCCCAGCACAGGGGCUGGCACUUCUCGGGGACUCGACUGAUUGCUGCAUUAAAUACUGAGUUAACGGACGGAGGGAGGGGGGAGGGGAAGGCAUGGACCUGGCCUUAGCCGUGGACUCCCACCGGCCGGGCUGGGCCGUCCCGAGGGAGAGAGGAAGCCACCGCUGCCCAGGCUCUGGGGGCCUCCCUGCCGAGGCGGGCCUGCGGCUACAGCUCUGGGGAGACAGCCCCCCGAGAGGUGGAGGAUUUACCCCUGAACUUCAGGGUGUGGUCUGGGGCCCCCUGGAGAGCCAACCUUCCCCACUCGCUUCCCAAGGCUUUUCCACAAGCUUCACACCCGGCGGAGCCUUCCAACCCAGUUUCACCUCAAUACAGGUGACACGGGUUAGCAAAGGCAAACCCCUCCACCUUCCUGCCACCGGGGACCAUAUCCUCCAGACGCCAGUCCAGGGAACUGGGUGGAGAGAGGGGCCGGGACUUGCUGGGAGCCUGCGGCGGGUGAGGGCUAUUCCAGGCGGGGCCUCCACCUGCCCUGCCGUGUCUACCUGGGGAUCCCGACCCACCGUCUGCAGGGAGCACUUGUACCCCUCCCCCAAGGCCUCCACUGCAGACAGCAGACCUGACAAAGAGCUUUCUCUGGGUGCCCUGUGGGUAGCGGGAGGGCAGGGCUGGCAUCAGCUUCACCUGAGAUGUGUCCCACCAGUACCAGGUCCCAAGGCCAAAUCUCUAAGCCUUCCACCUUCGACCGACAGGAGACAGGCGCCCUUCCCCGUGCUACGUCCUGGCCUCCCCUUCUCAGGGCCGCCCGGGGACAAGGCUGCAACCCAGGCCCCUGUGGUGUUAGUUUCCGUGGCUCCUCCGAGCUCGCUCACCUCUGGACGAUGGGGAAAAGCAGUCAGCGUGCUCCCCUUCUCUGUUGGCCGUGCGGCUCAUGUAGCUGACUCCACUCCGCCCUUGUCACCGCAGAGUCUCUCCCAGCUCCUCGCACGCAGAGCGCUUUGGAGCUCCCCACUCUCUGUCCUGCCCAUGGUUUGGGCCUCUGCAUAUCACACCCUCAAUUCUGCUUCCAUCUCUCCCCAAGGAGGGGGACGGCGGGCCCGCUCUGAGACGGGGGAGGCCGUAUUUCUCUCGUCUCUUGAUACAUCAGGAUCAUCAAGAUACUUCCCCUCUCCCAUUAGUAGAGGCUGGCAUUUACCCUCUUGCGUCCGGCUGUCCCUCGAAUCUCCCUGUUCUUUUCAACAAAUGGAAUCAGACCAGUCCUCUUAAAAGAAGUCUCUGCAGCCCACGCCUUUUCUCAGAAGGCCACCAAAAGCGUCCUCAGAGACCACUACCCUGUCAAGGGGCUACCUGGGCUGGAGUUUACCUCUCAGGCCUCAAGUUGGGGGAAUUCUGUUUUGGGGGGUGGCUACAGGAAAAAGGCAGAGACGAGCUGGAGAUGGCUGCUGCCCCAGGGCAGACUGGAAUCCUUCAUUCUUCUUUCCCCGUCUUUGCCGUGGGUACCAGUGGGCCCCCGGGGCCCCCAGAGAAGCCCGGAGGAGCUCAGAAAGGCUGCAGAGGGUGGGAGGUUCCCCCAGACAGCCACUAGAUGUCCACUCACUCCACCAAGUCACCGGGCUCUGCCAGCCCAGCACCCACCAGCCUCUCCUUUCCACAGUGGGGGGACCCACCCACCCCAUGCAGACUCCGGAUGGUUCACAGCUGGUGGAAACUUUCACCCUGUUCACCCACACCUUCCAGGAGUCUCUGACCUGCUCCGCUCUGCCCACCUGUGGUUGUGACGGAGCCUGACUCAUUUCAGCUGCACCUCUUAUGAGCCUGUGCGGGGACACUGGAAACGGCACACCCGGACUGGGGGACGACUCCGUACCCACCCUGCGGCCCUCCUUCAGAAUUUUAGAGGCUUCCUAGCGGCAGCUACUCCCCAGGAAGGACACUGAGCCCACAGGCCACCCAUCUUCCUAACGAGGCACACAAGGCCCCAUCGGUCACUCACCUCUGGGCCGCUGUCCGCACCCCACCCAGGCCCACAUGCUUGUUCCAUCUGCCUGUUAAAGCCAGGGCUCUUGCCAAAAAUAAACGCCGUCAUCAUCUUAGAAAACAAAACAAUGUCUCGGGCGAUCUGGAUUAGAGGCUCUAACAGUCUGGCGUUGAUGACUAGACAAGAAUCUGUGUAACGAAGCACCUAUUAAUUGUAUGCAGGAAAUUCUGAUUCAAAGUCGUUCAUGGACUUGAAAUCCACCACAGACUCUUGAUACUUUAGAACA